UCCUAUUUAAAUUCACAUAUUUCUCUCUACUAUACACAAAAUCAAAAGAAAAUGAGUGAUCUUCACUCCAUAGCUUAUAGCAGCCAUAGCUCUUCCCUAGCUUGGGAAUUACAAAAUCUUGGAGUUUUCAACGCAGACACAUCUCAACUGAUGAUGGAGAACACCCCACCAUUUUUUCCACCUCUUGAAGCUGAUUAUUCAACGGGAUACCUGCAAGAUGCUUUGUUUGAAUUCAGCUCUAAGCGAAGAAGAUUGCUGUUGUUUGAUGAAGAUCAAACCAAAGAGUUCAAUAAUCUAAUUAAAGCACUUAAAAACAAUCUGAUUUUGUCACUUUAUUCUUUUUCACUUUCCUAUUUAAAUUCACAUAUUUCUCUCUACUAUACACAAAAUCAAAAGAAAAUGAGUGAUCUUCACUCCAUAGCUUAUAGCAGCCAUAGCUCUUCCCUAGCUUGGGAAUUACAAAAUCUUGGAGUUUUCAACGCAGACACAUCUCAACUGAUGAUGGAGAACACCCCACCAUUUUUUCCACCUCUUGAAGCUGAUUAUUCAACGGGAUACCUGCAAGAUGCUUUGUUUGAAUUCAGCUCUAAGCGAAGAAGAUUGCUGUUGUUUGAUGAAGAUCAAACCAAAGAGUUCAAUAAUCUAAUUGAGAACUGCAGGAACUCAGAUUUUAUUCAGAAUUCUUAUCAAAGUUAUGAUGCAAUGAGCCAAAUAAGUAUGAGCAGAUCACUGAGCAUUAUGAGCGAAGAUGCAUCACUUUUUGCUGACACGAAAACGUCACAAGAGGCAAUCUCAACCUUUCAAACAUAUGACUCAACAUCAUCAAUCUCAUCACUCAACACUCAACCGACAUCUGAUAAACAAACCCUAUUUUCCCCCGGUGCGAGCGGCGAAAAGAGGCCGAAGAAGAGAGUGAUAGAAGACAAGGUUGUGUAUCCAUUCGAUUUAGUUAAACCGGGAGGAUUUGAAGGCGACGUGACGUUAGAUGACAUAAACGAGAGGAUUCUAAUGCCUCCGAGUAGGCCGGUACGACAUCCGGUGGGGGAUUUUGCCUGCAGGCCAUUAGUGUCAUCUGCCGAUGGCCCGGGUUUGUCUGGUAAGGCUGUGGUGGCACUCACCAGAAUUCACACUCAAGGGAGGGGUACAAUCACCAUCAUUCGUACUAGAGGUUGAGGAUUAAAAUUACAUAUGUUAAUUUUUUUUUCAGUGAAAUUGAUUUUGAAUCGAUGUAUAUAGAGUGUGAAGGAGAUAUAUAUAUAAAUAUUUAUCUGUAUGUAUAAACAGUAUCAUUAGAAUUUUGCCAACCAAGUGUUGUUGGAAAAGGAGUUCUUGCUUA